ACUCCUGACCUCGAGCGAUCCUUCCGCCGCGGCCUCCCAGAGUGCUAGGAUUGCAGGCGUGAGCCACGGCGCCGGGCCUAUCACCCAGUCUUAUUAAAACCACUUCAGGGAUACCGAGGGGAGGGGAGCGGGGGAGAGUAGAGCAGCGCCGCUGAGAUGGCGGCGCCCGGGCGUGUGGUGUUUCGUGAGAAACCGAGCCACAAAAAGUACCGGGCCGCCCUGAAGAAGGAGAAACGAAAGAAAUGCCGUCAGGAACUCGCUCGAUUGAGAGACUCAGUACUCUCACAGGAGGAGGAGGAGGAGGAGGCUUUCACUGAAGAACAACAACCGGAAGAAGAGAAAUUGUUGGCGAGAGAGAGGCAAAAGUUGCAUGAGGAGUGGUUGCUGCGGGAGCAGAAGGCACAGGAAGAAUUCAGAAUAAAGAAGGAAAAGGAAGAGGCAGCCCAGAAAUGGCAGGAAGAGCAAGAGAGAAAGUUAAAGGAAGAAUGGGAAGAACAGCAGAGAAAAAAGAGAGAAGAGGAGCAGCAGAAACUGCAGGAGAAGAAAGAAAGAGAGCUGGAAAAUGGUGCUGCAUGGCAAAACCCAGAACCACCCAUGGAUUUAAGAGUAAUGGAGAAGGAUCGAGCUAAUUGUCCGUUCUACAGCAAAACAGGAGCUUGCAGAUUUGGAAAUAGGUGUUCACGCAAACACAAUUUCCCGGCAUCGAGUCCCACGCUUCUUAUUAAAAGCAUGUUUACGACAUUUGGAAUGGAGCAGUGCAGGAGAGACGACUACGACCCCGACGCAAGCCUGGAGUACAGCGAAGAGGAAACCUACCAGCAGUUCCUGGAUUUCUACGACGAUGUGCUCCCCGAGUUUAAGCAUGUGGGGAAAGUGAUUCAGUUCAAGGUCUGCCGCAACUUGGAGCCUCACCUGAGGGGUAACGUGUAUGUGCAGUACGAGUCGGAAGAGGAAUGCCAGGCAGCCCUGUCUCUGUUUAACGGGCGCUGGUAUGCAGGGCGGCAGCUUCAGUGCGAAUUCUGCCCGGUGACCCGCUGGAAAAUGGCAAUCUGUGGUUUAUUUGAGAUACAACGGUGUCCGAGAGGAAGACACUGCAACUUUCUUCAUGUGUUCAGAAAUCCCCAUAAUGAGUUUUGGGAAGCUAGUAGAGACAAGUACCCGUCUCCAGAUCGGACUAGCUGCUCGUUUGGUCAGAACUUGGAGAGGAGAGAGAGGAUGGGCCACCAUGGCGACUACCACGGCAGGCUGAGGAGGAGGAGAAGGAGCCCCAGUCCUGACCACCGCGACACGAGAAAUGGGGACUCUGAGAGGAAAAGGAGUAGUCGUCACAGGGGGAAGAAAUCUCACAAACACAUGUCAAAGAGUCCUGAGAGGCGCAGUUCACGAAGUAGAGGAAGAAAAAGGAGCCGCAGCCGCAGCCGCAGCCGCGGGAGCCGCCGGAGCUCAUCUAGGGCCAGGAGUCGUGGCAAGAGGAGGUCAGACAGUAGAGACGGAACUACUCAGAGACCCAAAUGUAAGUAAACCUGUUUUGUUCUUUUUUU